CAGCAGCAGCAGCAGCGGCUUACACAGAAAAAAACGAUAGUAUGACGUAACAGGAAAGGCUCAAUGUUUCUUCGGCGAUCGAAAUCCUGACGAUCGUCGCAGUCGUCAUUCAACGCUCAACGUUUACUCUCGAUAGUACAACGCUGUACUAUAUGCGCAGCUCACAGAGACAAUUCGAUCAUGUCGUUCCGUAAUAUUCUGCGAAGGUGCAUCGAGAAGACGCGCCGCAUGAUCGUUCACGCGCUCAAGAGAUGAAUCGCCGCCGUGUGGAUCGUAAUCGCGAAUCGUCGCGAACGCGGAUUAUCGGCGCGCCCGUCAAAGGAUGUCGGAGCUGAUUCAUCGCUUCGGUACCUCGGGCACGGGUUGAUCGAAAAGGGGGAUUUCGGAGAAACUGGAGUCGAAGGCAAUCGAGGGCGGACUUCUGCGCGGCCAUGACCAAGUACGGCUUCGCCAGGCUGGCUCUAUGGCGACCGAGACGCUCCAUGACCUCGCAACCGUCGAACAACCAGGAAAACAAUCCUCUAAUGUUGACCCACGCCACUGUCAUCACCUUUUUUGUUUUCGCCGUGCGCAUUUCUUUAGCACAUUUUUAUCCGUCCUGCCAAUCAGCGCUUCGUGUUCCUGGCUUUAUAUGUGCUCGACGUUGGAAAAAGGCGAGCUCGAAAGCUCGUGCGAGAGUACGAAGAAAGAAGAUACAUGUAUAUAUUAAUACACAUGUGCGAAGUAUACGUUAAAUAAUUUAUCGUAAUAUUUAAGGAUCUCUCUCUCUUGGCAGUAUUUGGCAGAAAACGAGCCACUAAGAAUUUAUCGGAAGCAACCUGUUUUCUUUCGCAAAAGAAUAGAAGCCAAUCCACACAGAAUGAAAUUAUUAUUAACCUCAAUUUCGUUUUCCUUUGCGUUGUUCAUGGCCAGUUUCAUCAGUAUCGGCUAACUUCCGUAAUUUAAUAAUCGUAAUUUAACUUAUCGCUUGUAUUCUCCUAUUUACUUCGACUUUUAGAAGGAGAGAAACAAUCAAUGAAACUGAGGUCAGAUUUAAAUCGUCAACGACAAACUCAACUUUUAUCUAAUAAUAGAACUCUUACAGUUACGAUGUUCAUAAAAUUAAAUAAAUCAAAUUAAA